UUGCCAGAAGAGGGCAUGUUUUCGAAAUAAUGCUGCACGGGGUAGGUUAUGAGGUGGUUAAAACUUUAGCGGGUCUGUUAGUCCUGCCCAUCCCAUGCUGCCUCGCCUCAUUUACAUCCCUAAAGCUCCCAGCUUUUUGGGUGAAACUGAGUUGAAGAAAGACCACGAAAACGUGUAUAACUUUCUGAAAGUUUGUGAGCCCAGAAUACACGUUACCCUUAAUUACUCCCAUACUUUUCAAUGCUUUUAAUUUAUGUCUUUCUUAUGUUGAACUUUCAACUUGACUUAAUAGACUGAGUCAGUCUUCCACCAACGAACAGGUUGUCAACACUUCAAAAACUGAAAAAUUGGAGCCAUUUUUAUUUAUAUAGUCUCAAAGACGUUAGUUGAGCUUUGGAUUGGACAGAUAGCUAUGGGUUUCUUCAAAUGUAACGAGACAGAGUACUCUCCAAAUGAUGUAUACGACACAAACCUUAAGACGGUUCUCUCCUCUCUUUCGCGUAACUUAGACAGUGACGGGUUCUAUAAUACUACCAUAGGCCAAGGUCCAGACAAGAUUAGCGUCAUAGCGCAAUGUAGAGGAGAUGUCCAGUUACAAACAUGCCGCGGCUGUAUAAAUAAUGCUAGUCGCUUGAUUUUAGAGAAAUGCCCUUACAAGAAAUCAGCCUUUGGCAUUUAUGAUAUGUGUCUGCUACGAUAUUCAAAUGUGUCCUUCAUAGGCACCAUGUCAACCGACCCACGAUUUACUUACUAUUAUAACAGAAAUUUCUCGGACCCCCAGUUGUUUUAUAACCAAUAUCUGACACCCUUGUUGACCAGGUUACGAACUCGAGCUUCAAGUGGUGGGAAGCGUAAGUUUGCUGGUGAUGUUAUUGAAGCCCCUGAUUUUCAGAAAACACAUGCACUUGUACAGUGCACAGCCGAUUUAUCAGCUCAAGGUUGCUACGAUUGUUUGACCGCUGUCUAUUCAAGUUUGCCUGGCUGUGACUGUUACGAAAAGUGGGGCAACUACCAUUUGUUGCCCAGCUGCGUUGUUCGGUAUGAACCUUACUCAUUCUUCAACGAGUCGGUAUUGGAUGAAGCUCCGCCACCUGUGUCCCCGCCGCAGCCAGCCUCACUGCCACCGCCA